AUGGCACCCAUUUUAGAUUGGAGGAAGCUUAUGAAAAUUGAUCCAGAUGCUUUGCCUCAUCAAGAAAAGCUUGCAGACAGAUUGCUGGAGACCAUAUCCAAGGUUGAUGGGAAAGACUUAAAAACUGAAAGUCGAGAACAAUUGAUCCACCUUUUUAAAAUUACUCAGUCACUAAUGAAGAUGAAAGCUGAAGAGGUAGAGCUGGCAUUAGAAGAAGUUGAAAAAGCUGGGGAAGAGCAAGCCAAAUGUGAAAAUCAAUUUAAAACAAAGGUGAUGAAGCUUCAAAAUGAAUUAGAGAUGGCACAAAGGUCUGCUGGUGGUCGGGAUACUCGUUUUUUACGUGAUGAGAUCUGUCAACUGGAAAAGCAAUUAGAACAAAAAGAGAGACAAUUAACAGAUACAGAAAAAGAACUAGAAAAAGAGAAGAAGGUGAAUGAACAGCUUGCUCUUCGGAAUGAAGCUGCUGAAAAUGAAAACAUCAAAUUAAGGAGAGAGAAUGAGCAAUUGCGCCAAGAUGUAGUUGACUAUCAGAGGCAAAUAGAUUCUCAAAAAGAAACAAUUCUAUCACGAAGAGGAGAGGAGUCUGACUACAGAUCACAGUUGUCCAAAAAGAACUUUGAGCUUGCCCAGUAUUUGGAUGAUAUUCAGAAUUUGACUGAAGCUAAUGAGAAGUUAGAUAUUCAAACCCAAGAAAUGAGAAAGAAUCUUGAGGAAUCAGUGCAAGAAAUGGAGAAGAUGACUGAUGAAUAUAACAAAAUGAAACUAAUUGUGCAACAGUCUGAUAUUGUUAUGGAUCAUUUAAGAAAAGAGAAAGAGCAGUACAAAUUACAAGUUCAAGAGCUUUCAGACCAGCUGAAGGCAAAGAAUGAGGAAGAUGAUCCACUCAUGGCAGCUCUAAAUGCAAAAGUAGAAGAAUGGAAGAAAAUUUUAGCUUCAAAAGAUGAUGAAAUCCUAGAGUAUCAGCAAAUGUUGUUUAACUUGAAAGAGAAAUUGAAAAUGGCUCAACUUGAUGCAGACAAAAACAGUAUAAUGGCCCUUCAGCAGGGAGUGCAAGAGCGAGAUGCUCAGAUAAAGUUGCUUACUGAGCAAGUUGAACAGUAUACCAAAGAAAUGGAACAAAAUGCAUUUAUUAUCGAGGAAUUAAAAAAUGAACUGCAAAAAGAUAAAGGUCACUCAUCUCUUGCUCAACAGAAUUGGAUUGGGGAUAUGCAGGAGAAGUUUAAAAUGCUAGAAGAGAGAACUAAGGAGGCUGAGAAAUCAGCAGAAUUAGCAGAAGCUGAUGCUAUGGAAAAGGACAAAGAGCUUGUUGAGACUCUGAAACGAAUGAGAAACUAUGAACUGGGAAUAUAUGGUUUGGAAGAGGCUGUUGCUGAAAUAAAAGAUUUAAAAAAGCAAAUAAAAAAACGAGAUCAUGAAAUUGAAACAUUGAUUAAGGAAGUCAAUAAACUUGAACUUAAAAUAAAUGAUUUUCUUGAUGAAAAUGAAGAACUUCGAGAGCGCUUAGGUCUUGAGCCAAAGACAAUGAUUGAUUUAAAUGAAUUAAGAAGCAACAAAACAUUGAAGCAGCAGCAAUUUAGAGCUGAAAAACAGAUUCUUUUGCAAGAGAUUGAAAGACUUGAAGAGGAAAGGAUUGAACUGAAAAAACAGGUUCGUAAGUUGGCUCAGGAGAAAGGAAGAAAAGGUGCAACCAUAGCAUUGGAUCCUGGGGAUGUGCCUAUAACUGAUAGCUUUACUGAAGAAAAACAGAUAAAUAAGAGGAAGCUGGAUUUCUUGACCAGCCAUGAUAUUGCUGAAGUAAAAGCAAAGAAUGAGUACCUUGCAAAUGAAUUAAGUGUGAGAGAGAGGGAUUUGGAGAAGAAUGAGGCUGUAAUAGCCAAAUUUCAAUCUAAAUUAAAAGAAUUAUCAGAAGAGAAUAAACAACUUGAACAAGGAAUGAGAGAAAUAUUACAAGCUGUCAAGGAAAUGCAGAAGGAUCCUAGUGUGAAGGGAGGAGAAACAGCCUUAAUAAUCCCUAGUUUGGAUCGUUUAGUUAAUGCAAUGGAAUCAAAGAAUUCAGAAGGAAUAUUUGAUGCUAAUGUGCACUUGAAAGCUCAGGUUGACCAGCUUACAGGACGAAAUGAAGAAUUAAGACAUGAAUUGAAACAGACUCAGAAGGAGGCAACAAAUUUCUCUAAUCAGCUGGCAAAUGCAAAUGAAAAGAUUGCACAACUGAAAAAUGAAAUUUGCUUAUUACAUCAGUCACAAGGUGCCAAUAUUGUCUUCCAAACAGUGAAUCUUCCAGAAGGAAUAGCUCCUUCAAGUGUUAAUAUUAUUAAUUCUCUGAAUGAAUAUAUAAUACAUCUUAUACAGGAACUUGAAAAUAAAGAACAGUUACUUAAACAAUUAGAAGAUGCAAUAGAGGACUACAGGCGAAAAUUUGCAGUAAUUCGUCAUCAACAAGGAUUGCUGUAUAAAGAAUAUCAAAGUCAAAAGGAAAGCUGGCAGAAGGAAGCAGAAUGUAUGAAAGAGGAAAAGAAAAAGCUAGAAGAGCAAAAAGAACAGGAUGCUACAAAAAUAAAGGCAUAUUCUAAUUUACUCAGUGCACUUCAGCUGGAUCCCAAUGAAACAAAAAAAGUACUUGCAGAAAAUAAUAGAAAAAUAACAGUUUUGCAAGUUAAUGAAAGGUCACUAAGAAGGCAGUACACCACUUUGCUUGAAACUGAACGGCAUCUUAGAAAAGAAAAUGAGAAACUAAAGGAUGAAAUAACACAAAUGGAGACUGCAGUUAAAGGGAAGAUUGGAGACUUGCAACGAUUCAAGGAAAUGGCUAGCUUUAAGAUUGCAGCUCUGCAAAAGGUGUUGGAUGGUAGUGUGCCAUUGUCUGAGCUAGAACUAGCCAAUAAGCAGUAUAAUGCAUUAACUGCUAAAUACAGAGAUAUGUUGCAAAAAGAUAACAUGCUCGUCCAACGGACAACAAGCAUGGAACACAUGGAGCAUGAGAAUGUAUCAUUGAAGGCACAGAUAAAUUUAUUGAAUAAGGAACUGGAGAUCACGAAAGAGAAACUUCACACUGUAGAACAGGCUUGGGAACAGAUGACUAAACUGGGGGAUGACAAUGCCAUGGACAAGGCGACAAAAGCAAUUACUAACAGUGAGAUUUUGUCCAUUUCUAAGAAAAUCACAAUGUUGGAAAUGAAGGAACUAAAUGAAAGACAGAGAGCAGAACAUUCGCAACGAAUGUAUGAACAUUUAAGGAAUACUGUAAAGCAAGUAGAAGAACGUAAUUUUGAAUUGGAAGCAAAAUUUUCUGAGCUCACCAAAAUCAACCUUGAGGCACAGAAAGUGGAGCAGGAACUAAGAGAUGAACUGUCAAAGAGUGUAAGUAAAGCAGUAAGUGAUGCAGAUAGACGACAAAUCAUGGACCUAGAGAAGCGUGAGAUGGAGCUCAAGAUUGAAGUAUCGAAGCUAAGAGAACUGUCUGAUGUAGCAAAAAUGCAAGUUGAAGCUCUGGAGGCACGGCAGCAAUACAGAGAUAAAGAAGUGGAAUAUCUUAGGAUGCAAAUUUUAGACUACCAGGCACAGUCAGAUGAAAAAGCCGUUAUUGCAAAACUGCAUCAACAUAUCACAGCCCUUCAAGGUAGUGAAUCUGUUGCUGUAGGCAAACUGGAGACACUUAAGUCAAAACUACAAAAGAUGGAGAUCCAGAAUCUACGUUUAGAGCAGAAGCUUGAUGAGAGAGAGCAAGCCUUAUAUUUUGCCCGACUGGAAGGAAGAAAUAGAGCCAAACAUCUACAACAGACAAUUCAGUCUUUGCGGCGACAGUUUAGUGGUGCUCUGCCUUUAGCUCAGCAAGAAAAAUUCUCUCAAACAAUGAUUCAGUUACAGAAUGACAAACUGAAGAUCCUGGAAGAAGUUCAGCAUGCCCAGCAGGAGCGUCGAAUUGCAGAAAACAGAGCAUUAGAGAUGGAGUUAAAACAGAAAAGUUUAGAAGAGUUAAUAAGUGCAUUGAAGGAUACAAGAGGAGCUCAGAAGGUAAUUGAAUGGCAUAUGAAGAUGCAGGAACUCCACCUGCAGGAACUUAAACUGAAUCGAGAGUUAGUCAAGCAAAAGGAAGAGGUGAAGUACUUGCGUAAUAUAAUUUCUGAAUAUGAAGGUACAAUCAAUAAUCUGGAAGAAGAAAUUGUACAGCAGAACAAGUUUCAUGAAGAAAGGCAAAUGGCUUGGGACCAGAGGGAAGUAGAACUUCAGCGCCAAUUAGACCUAUAUGAUCAUCAACAAAAUGAAAUACUUAGUACAGCACUAAAGUUAGAAGAGGCUACCGGAUCAGUUCCAGACCCUAGUUUGCCACUCCCACAACAACUUGAAUUUGCUUUGAGAAAGAUUCAGGAGCAUAUUCGAACAAUCCUGGAAACUAGGGCAACCUGCAAAUCCCUGGAGGAGAAAUUACAAGAAAAGGAAACUGCUCUAUGGAAAGCUGAACAAAAUGUUUUAUCAAGAGACAAAGUUAUAAAUGAACUGAGACUUCGAUUACCUGCAACAUCAGAAAGAGAGAAGAUCAUGGCUGAAUUAGGCAAACAAGAAGAUGAUCGAGAGCACCAUCAUGCCAUCAAAAUUGCUCAUCAAAGUAUUGCAAAUAUGCAAGCAAGAUUAAAUCAUAAGGAGGAAGUAUUAAAAAGAUACCAGCAUUUGCUUGCUAAAGCAAGAGAGGAACAAGAGGAAAUAGCAAAGAAGCAUGAGGAAGAGCUUAGAGUUCUACACCAGAAGUUAAAUCUGCAUACAGACAAUUCCCUUAAUAAAUUCAAACAGACUGCUUUGGAGUUAAUGAAAAAGACUUCUUUAUCACUCUCCAACAACAAUCAUUUUCUUCGCUUAGCUGAAAUGGAGCAAACUGUAGCAGAGCAGGAUAAUUCUCUUGCUUCACUGGUUGGAAAAUUAAAGAAAACAUCAGCUGAUUUGGAAAAACAAAAACAAAUUACUUUAAUGAAAAUCAAAGAGUUUGAGACUAUCAGAGCCCACCUUCAGGAAAAGCACACAGUUGAUACAGAACAACUCAAAGAUGAAGCAAAUGAAUUGAGGAACAUGUUAUCUCAGAUGGAGAAGGAAUUAGCAAACGUAAAAGCUGAAUUAGAGGUCCAAAAAGAAGCAAAUAAUAAAGCACCCACAGCAACACUGAGAAACCUGGUGGAACAGCUGAAGACCCAGUUAGCCAUAAAGGAAAAGCAACAGAAAGCUUUGAGCAAAGCACUUCUGGAACUCCGAGCAGAAAUGACUGCUAAUGCUGAACAGCAGAUUAUUUCUGCUGCAUCACAAAAAGAAGCAUAUAUGAAUGUCCAGGAGAUUGUUGACAGACAAACAAAGGGGCUUACUGCACAGAUAGAGGAAUUAAAUAAUCAGAUUACAAAACUUACAGAUAACCUUAAAAUAAGUAAAACCAAGGAGAGUUCUUUGUCUGAUGAAAGGGAUGAGUUGAACCAAGAACUUCAGAGAAAACAAAAAACAUUUGCUAAAAUGUUGAGAGAAAAAAAUGAAAUGGAAAAAGAAAAUGAAGAACUGAAGAAACGGAUUAAGAGGCUAAGCAGUAGCAUUCAGAGCAAAGCUGAUGAACAAAAUCUGAUAGAUGCAUUUCAGAAAAAAAUUAAAAAAUUGGAAAGUGAACUUGAGAAGAAGUGUGAAGAAACAGAAAAAAAAGGUGUAAGAGAAGACAAGACUUCCAAGGAGGAAAUAAUUAGGUGGGAAGAAGGUAAAAAAUGGCAAAUCAGAAUGGAAGGAUUGCGGAACAAACUAAGGGAAAAGGAAAAAGAAGCAGAUGCUUUAGCCAAACAGUUGAAUACAUUGAAAGAAGUGUAUUCCAAGAAUGAAAAAGAGAAAAUUGCUCUACAGAAGAAACUGAAAACUACAGGUGUCACUGUUGACCAUGUUGUUGGACUAAGAGCCUCAGAGACUGAAAAAGAACUGGAAGAACUAAGAAAACGGAAUCUAGAUUUAGAAAAUGAAAUUGCUCACAUGAGAACACAGCAAGCAAUCCCACGAGAUUCUGUUGUAGAAGAGUUACAUUUGAAAAAUCAAUACCUCCAGGAAAAACUUCAUGCAUUGCAGAGACAGUAUUCAAGAGAAACCUACUCUAGACCCUCAACAUCAGGAAUAGGCUCAGAUGAUCAAUAUCGACGAGAACAAGAGAUUUUAAAGGAAAAUUUAAGAUUGUCAUCUGAAAACGUUGAGCUAAGAUUCCAACUAGAGCAGUCCAAUAAAGAUUUGCCAAGACUAAAGGACCAAGUAAGUGACUUAAAAGAAAUGUGUGAACUCCUCAAAAAAGAGAAAGCAGAUGUUGAACGCAAGUUGGGUGCCAUUAGAGGGGCUGGUAGAAGUGGAAAGACAAUCCCAGAAUUGGAAAAAACGAUUGGUCUGAUGAAAAAGGUUGUAGAGAGAGUCCAAAGAGAAAACGAAGAUCUCAAAAAAGCUCCACCUGUGGUUUCUAAUGAGAAGUUACUUGGUCUUGAACAGGAAAAUGAGAGGCUAAAGUCUGAAAUAGAAAAAAUGAAACUUCAUCUGGAGGAGCAGCUGAGUAUGCAUUAUGAAUCUAAAACCAAAGGAAUGGACAAACUCAUUACUGAAAAUGAGAAGCUGCGUAAAGAACUUAAAAAGGAAGCUGAUAGUGGAGAGAAGCUACGAAUAGCAAAGAAUAACUUGGAGAUAUUAAACGAGAGGUUAAAUGUACAGCUGGAGGAAACCACAAAGAGGCUAAAUUUGGCAGAGACGCAGUUGGACAGAGCUGACAGCAGAAGUUGGAAGUUUGUUGUUGCAGCAAGAUUAACUAAUAAUCAAGUUGAGAAAGAAAAAGCUGAACUAGCUCACCAGGCAGAGGAUAAGCAGCACCUACUCACAAAUACAAGCGAAGGUCCUGCAACUGGAUCUAAUGAAAUUGUAGAGGAUAAAAAUGACCAGUUAAUGAUAGAAGUAGCUGAUCUUCAGACACAGCUGAAAACUGCAGAGUUGGAAAACCAGCAAUUAAAGGAGGAAACAAAAAAGCUGAGAAGAGAACUAGAAAAAUUUGACCCUUCCAUUUUUGAAGAAAUUGAGGAUCUGAAAUACAACUACAAUGAAGAAAUAAAGAAAAAUAUUAUCUUAGAAGAUAGAUUAAAGCAGCUUUCUGAAGAGCAUGGCAUUGAAGUGGAUAGUUCAGGCAAUGUUUCUGUUGAUUAG